UGGGAGCGGGGCCGCGAAGAUCUCGGAGCCGGGCAGGGCGGCGGAGGGGCUGGCAGAGCCCCGAGGGGCCGGCCGGGCCGGCAGCGGGCAGGCAGCCCCUGGUCGGUGGCGGACAUCCUGGCGGAGGACGACGAGCAGGACCGCGUCCCGCUGCAGAAGCUCAAGCUGCUGGGAGAAUCAGAAGAACUGAAAGGCUUGCUCCUGAACCCCCACCUCCGGCAGCUGCUGCUGACGAUUGAUGAAGCAGAAGAGAAGAGCUCCCUCAUGAAAAAGUACAUGCAGGAGCCGUUAUUCGUUGAGUUUGCAGACUGCUGCCUGAGAAUUGUUGAACCCCCAGAGAAGGAGAAUAUUCUUCCUGAGUGAGCUACCUUGGGAACGUUUUGCUUUCCUUGAGUUUUCCUCCGACAGGAGGGAUCUUGCAGCACCCCUCUGCAACUCUGGUGCACCAUGCCGGGUAUUUCCUCUGGGUUUGGUCACGCUUCCCUCAUGGACGUCAGGACUCAAAUUUUUAAUUUAGAGUUGAUAAACAGUGAUACAGUAUUGGACAGAUGUUUAGAUACUAGCAAGUAAAUUGAUACUACAUGGACGUGCG